GGGAGAGCUGCGCGGCCGGGCCCGGCACCGGCGCCCGCGGGCCUCCAGGCGCCCGGGAGCGGAGCGGCCCUGGCACCGGGAAAGGAGCGUGUGCGGAUCGGCCCCGGUGAGUCUUUACGGAUGGAAUAGCACCUACAAGGUUCUGUGGUACAGAGCAAGUCUGGAAGACGCCAAAAGAGUAGGCCUUAACGCAGGGAUGGAUUUCACAGAAGCCUAUUCUGAUCGAUGUUCUGCCGUGGGCUUUGCAGCCAGAGAAGGAAAUGUUAAAAUGCUGAGGAAGCUAAUUAAGCAAGGAUACAGCAUCGAUGUUGCAGAUAACAGGGGUUGGGUGCCAAUCCAUGAAGCAGCAGCUCACAAUUCCAGUGAAUGUCUGAGGCUGCUAAUUCGUGCAGCUCCGUCUGACGAGUACAUAAACUCCAAGACGUUUGAAGGGAUGUGCGCGCUGCACCUCUCCGCACGCCACGGCGCCUUGGAAAGCGCUCGUGUUCUUCUGGAAGCUGGGGCUGACCCCAAUGAAGUCACCAACGAAGCAACCACCCCGCUGUUCCUAGCUGUUGAGAAUGGACACGUAGACAUGGCAAAGUUUCUGCUUCAACGGGGAGCAAACGUUCAGGGACCUCAUUCUUGGUCUGGAUGGAAUUCUUUGCACACAGCUGCUUUUCAGGGAUUCACUGAGAUAAUGAAAAUACUCCUGGAGAGUGGGGCAAGCAAGGAAUCUAAGGAUGACUUUGGAAUAACACCUUUGUUUGUUGCUGCUCAGUAUGGAAAGCUGGAGAGUUUAAAGCUGCUUGUCUCCCAAGGUGCAGACAUAAACUGUCAAGCCAAGGACCAAGCCACUCCCCUGCUGAUUGCUGCACAGGAGGGCCACUUCAAGUGUGUGGAACUGCUGUUAGCAAAGGGGGCAAAUCCAAACCUCUUCUGCAACGAGGAUAACUGGCAGCUGCCCAUUCACGCGGCGGCUGAAAUGGGCCGUAAGAAGACAUUAGAGAUGCUAAUACCAGUCACUGAUCGGAUUUGUGACAAAGGCAAAGGCAAAGUGAGCCCUGUGUAUUCAGCGGUAUGUGGCGGUCAUAAAGAGUGUUUGGAAGUCUUACUCAGAGAAGGCUACAGCCCAGAUGCUCAAGAGUGCCUUGACUUUGACUGCAGAUCACCCCUGUGUAUGGUCUUCCAAAGAGGGUUCUUUAGUUUCAUCGAUAUCUUCCUGAGACACGGCAUCACCUUACUUGGUGUCCAUCUGGGGUAUUGCCUGUCCCAUCACAAGUUUCCUUUGUUCCGGCGCUUCUUGAAGCUGGGCUGUUCCCUGCCUUCUGGGGACAAGUUAGCAGAGUUCAGGAGCUACGCAAUUAAAGCACAUGAGGCGUACAAGGAAUGGCUGCCGUACCUGCUCUUGGCUGGCUUCAACCCUGUCCAUUUGAUGUGCAGAGACUGGAUUUUCUCUGUGAGUGAGAAUGUCCUUAAUUUCACCCUGGAGUUCACUGACUGGAAGAGACUCCCACGAGCCGUAGAGCAAGACCUUUUGGACUACAAAGAGGAGUUCACUUGGACUCCCAAGAGCCACUUUGCCUUCAUUCCUUGCCUAUCUCAUCUCUGUCGCCUCAAGAUCCGUUCCAUUUUAACGAGCAAGCGCCUUCGAUCCGACCGGUUUAUCCGGGACUUGCCAUUGCCAACUUGUCUCCAGGACUUCCUUCUCUACUUGGAUGUACUGCGGGUCAACGGCAUCCCAGGCGUGGAGGAGUAUCUGGGGCAGAGGGAGGAGGGAGCUCCCUCUGCCGGUCACUCCAGCACUGACGAUGCAGCGAGAGAUGCCUGUUCCAGUGCCAGGUGAUGGUGCUGCCGAGCGACUCAGCCCCGUGGCUGCAGAUUUUGUACAGGCAACUAGCAGAUGCUGGAGAAGCACUACUGUAAAUAAUUGGAGUGACAAAUCUCUUCUGGCUGCAGUUUUCUGCUGUAGCUACAAGUUUGUUAGAAGGCCUGUGAUUCACUUGUUUAAAAGGACUGUUGUGGCUUUCUAAGUCUGAACAUUUUCUCAUUUUUGAAAGGAUUUUUUUACAUCUUAAGGAGUAAAAAACUCCCUUGUUGAGUGAACACAGCUCACAUAGGGGUCAUUUAUUUGGGGAUACACUGCUAGCAGAUGCUCUAAGUACUGCAUAUACCAAAUGAGAGUCCAGAAACACAAGAUUGUAGUGUUGUUAGGGAUUUAUGUGUUGGGGGAGGGAUCUAGCUGAACCACAGGCAGGACAAUAAGAAAGGAACUGCAUUUUUUCUUCUUUCUCCUCUCUUCGGCCGUCUGUAUUUGGCAGAAGGUCGGAGCAGGAGGCUGACUCAUCGCCUCCACCCAGCCCCUCCCCCUGUGGAGCCCAUGGGCAAGGCACAGGAUAUCCCCCCCAAGCACACAACAGAACACCCCUGUACAACAGCCCCUCCUUCAGGGAAGUGAGAAAGCCAGCGCUGGCCUUGUGCUGGGAGAGCCCUCAUCCUGCAGAGCUCGAGCCAGCCUCACUGGUAGUAGAUGUUGAAGGCGUGCAGGAUGUACAGGAAGGCUGUGAGGAAGGCAAAGAACUGCAGGAGAGAAAACAAGCAAAAGCUGGGGUCAGCCGGUUCCUCUCAUUGCUCUCCACCUGGGGCAAGCUCCCAGCCUAGAGCUCUUUCCAGCCCCAAAGAGGCAAAGCCCCCUCGUUUCCCCGGAGCCACACGUGGCCGUCCGUGAGCUGCGCCAGGAGCAGCCACACUGGCUGCGCCACACCACAGAGACUGGAGCCGGAGCCCUGACCCGUGUGGCACCGCUGGGCUUGGCCUGGCUCUGCUGUGGCUUGGAUAUUGGUUCUUGCACCCCCAGGGGGACCUGCAGGAGCUGUGGGCUGCCUGGGCUUUUCUGGGCCCACUCACCGAUGCGGCGCUGUUGAGCUGGUAGUAAAGCGGCGUCUGGUACUCAGACUCGGAGCGGAUGGUGGCGUUGGCUUGCAGGACUGCGGCACUCAGGUACAGAAUGGCUGUGGCACCGUGGUACAGACUGUCCUGCAAAACAAGGGAGCAGGGAGGAUCAAAGCCUGCCCAGGACCCCAUCCUCCUGUGAUUCACCCUGAGGAUGGGGCCCACCCUCUGCUCGUGUGAGUGGUGCACACACACACACCCCCCAAGAUGGGCUGGGACCAAACCCUUGUUUGUGCCACUCUGAACCCUCCCACACAGUGGCAAUAGCCUAGUACAGCUCUCCCCAGCACUUCCAGGUGGAAAGGGCCAGUUGUCUAUAGAAGGGGCAGCAGCUGAACAGCUGAGACAUCACCAGCCACGGUGGUCUUGUGCCCAGGCUGCUGCUGCCAACACCUGCCAGUGACCCAGCCCCUCCUUACCAGCACUCUCCAGUUCUCGCUGUUUUUGUGAAAGCCAAAGAGGUAGCUCAGGAGGAAGAACAGGGAGAUGAGGCAGGAGCUGAGGGACACGUACAUCACCCAUCCCUGCAGCAGCGGUAAGGAGACGGAAGUGGCAGCCACGAGGAUCCACACCCAGGUCCCGCACAACUGCCAUGACAAACAGGCACCUCUGAUGAGUGUGGAGUGGAGAAAGCCCCUUCUACUCCCUGAGUCCCUCCUCACCUCCCUCCCAGGCCAGCCCCAGCAGCUGUUGAAAGCCCUCCAUCUCCAGGCAGUAUCCCAGAGUGUCCCAGCCUGACAGCAGCACCACAAGCUGCCAUGAGCUUCCCUGAAUGCGUUUGGGAGCUGCUUCAAAAUGUUUCUUAGGGAAGCGAAAAGUCCACUGACACCUUUAACACAAGGAAACGUCUCGCCCUGAGGGCUUUGCUGCAGAAGCCAGAAAAUGGGCUUUUAUCUGGGGAAGGUGAGGUCAGCCCAGCCUUGCCCACUAACUAAUCUGCUGGACUUGAAAUCACAGCAUGAGGAAGUCUCCUCCUCACUCCACGCACCAGCCCGUCCACCUGAAGUAUUUACUGUGCAUAAACAGCACCUGCAGGGUUAUCUGGAGGAGCUCAGGCCAGCCAGUGCUGUUCCAGCUCGGGUGGGUCAAACCCCUUCUCCCCGGCUCUGCAGCAGGGAGCCGGCUCUGUGGCCACCAGCAGCUCCCAGCACAGCCCAGCCCCAGGGAUUGCCUGUGCUGUGGCAAAGUACACCCGUGGUUAUCAGCCAGUGCCCUCGGAUGCCCUCUGGACCCAGAAGCAACUGUAAGAUUCCUGGAACGUUACAAGAUACACAAUAGCUUUCAAGCCCCUGGAAAGUCGUAAUACAGUGAAUAAAACUCCCUUGAUUUCCAGGCAAUUUGUGUGCAGUGAGAGGCACCAGCAGCUCUUCAGCCUCUCCCAACCCUCUCCUUGCCUCAGCGAUGGAGCUGCAGUGUUAGCUUGUCCUCCGGGUGUCCAAAACCCCACACCCGCCCAUCACCUUUGUGCACAAGCUAAAAGCCAAGACUUUCUUUGCCCACGGUCUCCAGGGCCGUUCUGGCGGCCGCUCCCUGCCGUUGUGCCUGGCCGGAGCCAGCAGCAGCGGGGAGCUCGGGAUACUCACAAUCUCCGGUAGGAUGAAGGCGUAGGGGAUGGUUUUGAAGACGGCGGGUCCGGAGGGCAGGGCGGGCUGCGCGGAGCCUUGCGCGGGGGCGGUGGCCAGGGCCAUGGGGGCUGGCGGCCGUGCCCGCUGCGCCGGGGCUGCGCUCGCCUGUGCGUGCUCCGCUCGCCUGUGCGUGCCCCGCGCCGCUCCCGGGCGGCUUUUCAGCGACACACCCGCCGGCGCGUCACGGCGGGACCGGCCCGCGCUGGCACCGCGCCACUCCCGCCGAGGGAAGGGGGAAACGCUACACCCCAGCGGGACAGACACGUUUCCUGACAUCCCUCCUUGCCCUUGGCGCGCUCUCAGGCCCGCAAUAUUCUCCCUUCCACCGCCUCCUCCCUCCCCUGUCAGCUUUCUGCUCCGUGUUCCUGUCAGACUCUUCCCCCCGCCACGUCCAGCCUUUGAAAACUUGCAGCCAAGUGUUCUUUAUAGACAGCUCUGUGAGAAGAGGGAGGGUUUGCCCACGUGCUCCCCAGUGCCCAGCAAGGGCUGCAGGACAGCAGCUUGGGUUUCUGCCUCCCGCCAGCUGUGCUUUGGAAGGACUCUGCCUCCCAUCAGAACCCAGUAACUGGUGGGGUGAAAGGCUGAAGGUGGCCUCUGCCUGUGAGUGACAUCAGUCUGGCCUCUGUAACUCAGGCACUACUCUGCAGCAGGAAGAUGGGAUCCUAGAGAGAUACCGUAUCUCUCUGAUAAGAGAGCCAAGUGAUGCCCCAGGAAUUUGCUUCUGUGCCAAGCUCUUGUGCAAGCGAGACCAAAGAUCAAAUCCAUGUUUCUUACUGUUCAAGCUCCUCCUAAGCAAGGGCAAAUGCCUUAGGGCAUUUUUGGGUUCAGUGUUCUUGUCACCAGGCAGAAAGUGUCCAGACACUCCAACACCAAAAAGACAGGAUUAAUAACUUCCCCCUGGGAGCAGGCAGCACAUACAGCCUGUGGGUACCAACUGCUCAGGGAAAAGGAGCCCCUAGCAGCAUCCUGCUCCCCCUGGGUGAGGGAGGUGCUGUAGUGCAUGCCCCAACUUCUCACCAGCUUUUAUUUGUAUGAGGAGGGUCAAGCACAUUCCUGUGAGUAACCCAACCUUUUCCUGAGUGGGAAGGAGAAAAACAGUAAGUAGAGAGCAACCUGCUCUGCACUGAUUGGACAAGAGAUGACUUUUUUCUUCCCCUAACCUUGCUGACCUUGCUGAGCAGCAUUCUUAAAAAUCAUUGCUAUCUUCCCUGCCAGUUACCAGUCUACUGGGGUACUGGGACAAAGAGACUUUUGUUUACCCUGAUUAAAACAAGAGCUGGAAAUUAAUUGGAAGGUGCAUGAGAGGAGAAAAACAAUGUCUCAGCAUCUGAUCAGCUUCAGCAAAGUACAACACUGGAGGUGGCUACGGGAGGUAGGAACAGCCAGCCACGGCCUCUUCUGACACUGCAAAGUCAAAGAAACGAUCCUUCAGUUAAACUGAUAACAGGAUUCGAGUCUCAAGAUGUUAAAUGUGUUUAAACAUCCAUUACAAGUCAGGUAGCACACAGUUUCUCUUGGGUAAGAAAUUACUCCUAUUGUUACCCCAAUUCUGAAUUGCUCUGUAAUCGAGUCACACGCCGGGAUUGUUUUUCCUCAGUUCUCCCAAGAAAUCAUAAGCCAGCUGUGAGAUGUCAAAGGCUGUGUGAGUGUUGUCUGAAGACAGCAGAUACUGAAGCGCACCGUCGUUCUCCCGGCUCCUUUUCAAGAAGUCAGCAAUCACCUUCCAGCGAGAGGCUUCGGACUCCUCCUCAGCCCACUUGUACUCAGGGAGGAGGGUGGAGUGGAGCAGAGGGAACACAGAGUCGUGGUACACCAGGACAAACAGAGAUUUCAGAAAUUCUUGAUCUCUCUGCAGAGAAGAGCAUUUGCAAAUAUUUCAGUGCAAAGAAGUGGUGUUGCCAAACCCCACCGCAGAAGGAUGUCGCACCAGCAACCCUUCCACUAACCCCCAGUUCCCAGCAGAGCCCCACGGGGAGAUGUGACCUUCCUCGACAAACACCAGUUCUCCUCAAGCUCACCAGCAGCAGCUACACUAUUUAAGCUACAGAUCAACACCUGCUCUCCAACCCACCUCCUUUUGCAGAUGACAAAGGGCCCCACUAUGCAGCAGCCCCUGCCCCAAAUGUCAGUGUGACAGACAGCAGCCUGUGUCAGCUGUUCCCUACAGCCUCUGCAGGGACAGGCCAGACUGGGUGCUGUGGCUACUGGGAAGUGCCACAUCCUCCCUGCCUUGCAAGCCCAAACUCCACUUUGUUUCUCUGCUGCCCUAGGUGGGGAGUCGCAACAAUCCCACUCUCCUGGCAGCACCUGGCACUUAGCAGGAGGCAAGGCCACCCCAGCACUGUUAUUUCACACUUGGACAGGGCCUCUGUGUGUGGUGAGAAUUAUGCCCUCCCCUGUAAAGAGCAGUUUGCAAAGCCCAGAGACCAAGAAUCAGCCUGGUCAAUUGUCAAACACCCACCACUUUAACUAGACACAAUUGGUGUGCCUCAUUUUCCACAUACACACGAGAAGCCCCUCUUUGUCCAAGAAGGAGACCCAGGGAGGCUCUUCCAGAAACGUUCCAGAAACCUGAGUGCUGUGACUGGCCCUGAGCAGUUCACGUCUGGGCAGGAGAGUCAGCAGCUAAGCAUCGAGAACCAUGCAAGGAGGAGUGAGAAUACAGCAGGCAGCAAUCCUCCCAGGGGAGUGGCACACGACAAGUCAGGUAAAACUGGAUGGUUCUGGGAUGCCGAGGAGUUACUAAUUCUUUGAGCAGAUCAGCUUUCAUUUGGGAUGAAUGGCCUUGAAAAAGCCAUUCUGACUCAACAGCAUUUACUUCUGUUUGCGUAAGCCAAGAGGUGUCCUUGUGUAACUUGUCAGGAGCGUGCACCAUCAAUGAAGUAUCCCCCUGCUGCUCACAAGAAGCACGGUGUCUUGGAUGCAGAGCCACUGCCUUUCUCAUUCAGUUCCCUACCCUUGCUUUGUCCAGAGGACAGGAGGUACAACACAGCAGGGCUCAGCCUGGUGACGUGGCCAGUUCAGUUCUCCAGCUGUCUACAUGCCAGAAAGGGACAUUACAACUGUGUGAAGCAGAGAGAGCUGCAGAAUUUGGGGUCCUUUUUUGGGGAAGACUGGAGCUCAGAGGCUGGGGGAGGAAAGCUCAUUUUGUGAAGCUUUGGUACCAAUGGAAAGCUUUUACCAAGGAAGCCACGCUUUGGCUAUGAACUUGUGGUAGCUUCCCCACUAACAACCAUAUGCACACACCAAGACACAAAGUUACAUCCUUCUUCUCUUAGUUUACUGUUAUAAGUGUGGGUAAGAAAUGUAUUUAGCAUCUCUACAUUUCCUAAUUAAAGGUAUGGUGAGAGGAAACAUUACCUAGCAAUAACCCUGGCAGCUUCCAGUUUGAAUUAGAUGGAACAGAUGUCAAAGGAAAGCCUGUUAUGUUACCUUUUCAGAUCUCUUCAGUGUUCUUUCUCUGUCUGCCCAAGCGCUCUAAAAUGAAAUGACAGUGAAAAUCAGGCUGAGAUUGUGGAGGUCUAAAGCAAUCCCAUUUUUAGCUGCAAAGUCUCUCAGGGCAAUCCCACAGUAGUUUAGGCUCCCGUUGCAGUUCCACUUCCCUUGCACUCCCCCAGCCUCCCCUGUGCCAGUUCAGUUGAUCUCAGCAAAGAGCCAUUCCCCCAGCUUUUAUAGAUGGGAUGGAGAGUUGAAACUAUCAGAGCUGUAUAAAUGAAAUCAAGGGACCCACUUGUCAGGAAAGAUCACUCCUAAGUGAGGUUGGUUGAUUUGUUUCCACUCCACAAGCGUGGAGAGAUACAGCCUAACCACAAAGUGGCUGCUGCUGGGACACCUGCCAGGGAAUACACCUGCAGGGGAAAUACAGUGAGCACUGGCCUGCCAGCCAGGAGCCAAGGCAGCUGCUACCUGAUGUGAAAGCAGCCCUGUCCUUGGAGCCAGACAAACAUUCAGCCAGCCAAUCCACCCCAGCACUCUCUUGCUGUUGCCACAGGGCUACAGCAGUGCCCAAAAGAGCCAAUUCAUGCCUUUGCACCCCUCCUCAAUGUCCUCAGGUGUUCCCUUGCACUUUUGAAGGCACGAAAGACACAAGCACUGCAGGUCUGUGAAACAAUGAGGAAACUUUCCUGCUGUUUGGCUCUUUUGCUGUAUCUUUCACAGGAUGAGAAAGGCUCAUACUGUUGGCAGGUGGCUGGAAAUGCUGACAGCCCAGAUGUAACUGAGCACCAUGUAGAUAACGUACCCGAAGGGCAUCCAUCAGGUCUGGCUGAUCCAUGAGUUGAGGGAAAGUGGCUAAAACAGGAUUACAGAUUAAAUCUGAAACAGAAGACAAAGGCAUUCAAGGCUAAGGAAGAAACAGGGUGGUCUUGGAGGUGUCAACACAAAAGGUAAUCAGAUCAUUCCCUCCCCUCAGAAUACUGCAAAGGGAAAAUGAGCUGGAGUAGUUGCCCAGAGCAGCAAGGAAGGAAGAAGAGCUCCUCUGCAUUCUCAGUUAACCUCAGAGAUGAGACACACAAAAACCAACUGCUGGUUUCUUAGGAGAAGCCAGCAAGCCAGAGACCUUUCUGAUUUAACCUAGGAGUAGCUUGAGGUGUUUUUCUUCCUUUCUGCACCUGUCUUUGUUAUAAACAUCUGAAAUGGUGCUGCCUGACUUGGAUGUUAUGAAUAAACACCCUUUCGUUCUACCUUCA